AAUGAUUAAAAACAACUUCUUCUUCAAACCGGAAGUAAAUACAAACACCCUCUGAUCGUUUCCGGUGACGUAGGCGCUAGCUCCCGAUGCUACACGCGGGAAACAGAAGAAGCUGCUCCUCACAUUGACAAGCAUCAGUCGUCGUCUGUAGCUGAGAUGGGAGACACACUGGAGUUCAGCGACAUUUACCAGGAGGUGAAAGGCUCCUGGAAUGACGGGCGGCUGCGUUUUAGCAAGCAAACUGUUGUUUAUAAGAGCAGCAAGACGGGGAAGGUGGACAGCAUCCAGGCUGGCGAGCUCAACCUGGCCCAGUGGAGACGAGUGUGUUUAGGUCACGGCAUCAAGCUGGGCACCAACUCAGGACAUGUCUACAAAUACGACGGCUUCAGGGACACGGACCAGGAGAAGAUCACUGAGUUUUUCAAGGCCAACUACAAGGUGGAGCUGACGGAGAAGGACAUGUGUGUGAAGGGAUGGAACUGGGGAACAGCCAAGUUCUCAGGGCCGCUGUUGUCAUUUGAAGUAAAUGACAACACAGCGUUCGAGGUGCCGCUGUCCAACGUGUCCCAGUGCGCCACGGGGAAGAACGAAGUCACUCUGGAGUUUCACCAGAACGAUGACACCGAGGUCUCCCUCAUGGAGGUCCGAUUCUACGUCCCGCCCAGCCAGGCUGAUGAACGACAGGACCCUGUGGAGGCGUUUGCCGAGAAUGUGCUGUCUAAGGCCGAUGUGAUCCAGGCCACAGGAGACGCCGUGUGUAUCUUCAAAGAGCUGCAGUGUCUUACACCCAGAGGAAGAUACGACAUUCGUAUCUACCCGACUUUCCUUCACCUCCAUGGUAAGACCUUCGACUACAAGAUUCCCUACACUACCGUCCUCCGUCUAUUCCUGCUGCCACACAAGGAUCAGAGGCAGAUGUUCUUUGUGAUCAGUCUGGAUCCUCCCAUCAAGCAGGGUCAGACGCGUUAUCACUUUCUCAUCCUGCUCUUCUCCAAGGAGGAGGACCUCAGCCUCACCCUCAACAUGAGCGAGGAGGACGUGGAGCGCCGUUUUGAGGGCAAACUCAGUAAAAACAUGUCAGGGUCUCUGUAUGAGAUGGUCAGCAGGGUGAUGAAGGCCCUGGUCAACCGCAAGAUCACGGUGCCCGGAAACUUCCAGGGUCACUCUGGAGCUCAGUGCAUUACCUGCUCCUACAAGGCGUCGUCAGGCCUCCUCUAUCCUCUAGAGAGGGGCUUCAUCUAUGUCCACAAGCCUCCCGUGCACCUGCGCUUCGAGGAGAUCUCCAACGUCAACUUCGCCCGAGGCACCACCACAACGCGAUCCUUCGACUUUGAGAUUGAGACCAAACAGGGAAAUCAGUACACCUUCAGCAGCAUUGAGAGAGAAGAGUAUGGCAAGCUGUUUGACUUCGUUAACGCCAAGAAGCUCAACAUCAAGAACAGAGGCUUCAAAGAGAAGAAGGGCAUGAAGGGUAAGAUUGACGAGUACAGUGACUCAGACGAAGACCAGCACGACGCAUACCUGGAGAGGAUGAAGGCAGAGGGCAAGAUCAGAGAGGAGGGCAACGACAGCGAAGAAUCAGACGGCGAAAGCGAUGAGUCGUUUAACCCCGGAGAAGAAGAUGAAGACAUCGCAGAGGAGUACGACAGCAAUGCCUCAGCGAGCGACAGCAGCGAAGACGGGGAAGGUAGCGACAAUGACAGCGCGAAGAAGAAGAAGCCCAAGAAAGCCAAAGUGGUGAAGGAGAAAAAAGAGAGAAAACCACGCAGAGAGAAGAAGCAGAGAGAUGCUGGCGCCCCCAAGAGGCCGAUGAGUGCCUACAUGCUGUGGCUCAACGCCAGCCGCGAGCGAAUCAAGUCGGAGAACCCGGGCAUCUCCAUCACAGAGAUUUCCAAGAAGGCCGGAGAGAUGUGGAGACAAAUUGGCAAAGAGGAGAAGGAGGAGUGGGACAUAAAGGCAGGAGAGGCGAAGAAGCAGUAUGACAAAGCAAAGAAAGAGUACAAAGAGAGCGGUGGCGGUGCCGCUGCCGGCGGAGUAGCGACCUCCAGUCCCAAGAAAGAGAGCAAAAAAUCUGGAGGUAAGAAGGAGGACAAGAAGAGGAAGUCGGCCGGGGGAGAUAAGGACAAGGAGCGGGGAGGAGGAGGAGGCAACGACAGCUUCAAGAGUCGAGAGUUCAUCGAGACCAGCGAGGACUCUGACUCAGACUCUGACCACAAGAGCAAGUCCAAGAGGAAGAAGAAGAAGGAGUCAGAGGAAGAGGAGGAAGAGGCUGUGUCCACACCUGCCAGCUCGGAGGAAGACUCUGACUAAACACUCACACUUUUACCCAUCCGACACACAAACCAAGGACCAAGCAUUUAUACUCUCCAUGUUGAUCCUCAAACAAAUGAACUCGCAGAAAAAAAUCAACAGACUUGAGUUGUAUUGUUUUUCUUCUACAUGUUUUGUUUUAAGAGUUCAAACACACCUCGUGACUCUGAAAGCUCAUGUAGUAUUUGAUAUUUGAACUGGUUUUUCCUACUGACGGCUCAGUGUAAUGGUGGUAUACUGGUGUACCACUUUUCCAAGAAGUCUUGAAAGGGUUUUCCUCAUCUCACCCACGGGGAUGGUUGUAGUUUAAUAGCACUGAGGAGUUAUUAGUUGGUUUAAUGUCGAUAAGAGACAGAGGAGCAGAUGCGACGCCGUUUUGUUCUUCCUGUGUAGAACAUUUAAAAACAGCAGUGUUUUUUUGUUUGUGUUUUAUCAUGUCAUGUUUUCAGGCUUGAGUAAAUAAAUGAAUCAUUUUUAAUAAAGCCACACUUUUCAGUU